AUGGAUGAUCUUUACGACGAGUUUGGCAAUUACAUUGGCGAGGCCGCUGACUCGGACGAGGAGGUCGACCAUGAGGAAGCUCGACCCUCAACUUUCGCCUUCGACGAGGCGUUUGGGGAGGACGAAGACGAUGUCAAUCAUCAGGAGCAGCUUAUGGAGGUUGAUGAGGGCCCUUCAAAUGCCGUGAUUCUACAUGAAGACAAGCAAUACUACCCCAGCGCCCAGCAGGUAUACGAUCAAGGCGUCGAAACCCUAGUCCAAGAGGAGGAUACGCAACCUCUUUCGGAACCCAUCAUUGCUCCCGUUCAACAACGGAAAUUUGCGGUCGAAGAGGCCGAGCUACCACCUGUUCAUUUCUCUCGGGAGUUCAUGACAGAUCUACUCAAUUUCCCCGAACAAGUCAGAAACAUUGCUCUAGUGGGCCAUCUACAUCAUGGAAAAACGGCUCUCAUGGAUAUGUUUGUCAUGCAAACACACGACAUAUCUGAGCGCCUACAGGCGCGAACAGGCACGCAAAGUGAGGAACAACUCCGGUAUACCGAUGUUCACCUUUUGGAGAGAUCUAGGGGGCUUUCAAUCAAGUCAUCUCCUAUGAGCCUUGUUCUCCAAAGCACAAAGGGAAAAUCCCAUUUAUUCAACAUGAUUGAUACCCCUGGGCAUGUGAAUUUUGUGGAUGAAGUGGCUGCUUCGUCGAGACUAGUCGACGGCAUAGUACUGGUUGUUGACAUCGUGGAAGGUGUGCAGGCAAACACCGAGCAAAUGAUCAAACAUGCGGUGCUGGAAGAUCUUCCCUUGACGCUGGUGGUGAACAAGAUGGACAGAUUGAUUCUAGAACUGAAAAUACCGCCCAAUGACGCUUAUUUCAAAUUGAAGCAUGUUAUUGAGGAAGUCAACACGGUCAUUGAAAACAUCCUGCCAGGGCAAGGUGAAAGCAGACGGUUGAGUCCCGAGAAAGGAAAUGUUGCUUUUGCCUGUGCUUCAAUGGAGUGGUGCUUCACAUUGCAAUCCUUCGCGAAAAUGUAUGCAGAAACCUAUCCUCAGAUUGAGACAGCUGACCUCGCCCUUCGCCUUUGGGGUGACGUUUUCUUUAACCCCCGGAGUCGGAAAUUUACGCGCAAGGGUGUAGAGGAGGGCUCCAAACGAACUUUUGUAAAUUUUGUUUUGGAGCCUAUCUACAAACUCUACUCUCAUACUAUUAGCGAAAGCGCCGAAGAUCUGAGAGAGACACUUGCAGGUGUGGGUAUCAACUUGAAGCCAUCCGAAUUGAAGUCAGAUGCGAAGGUGCUGCUGAAUCUUGUUUGUGGACAAUUUUUCGGUCCUGCGACCGGAUUUGUGGACAUGAUCAUUCGGCAUGUGCCUUCUCCAUUAGAAGGUGCUCGGAACAAGUUGGAGAAACACUACACUGGGCCACUCAACACUAAAAUAGCCGCCGCGAUGACCGCAUGCGAUGCGGACGGGCCACUGGUCAUCCAUGUCACCAAACUGUUCAACAGUUCCGAUGCUUCAAGCUUCAAUGCUUUCGGAAGGAUCAUGAGUGGAACCGCCCGACCUGGUCAGCAGGUUCGGGUCUUGGGCGAGGGCUACACCCCAGAAGAUGAGGAAGAUAUGGUCACUGCGACCAUAUCUGAUACGUGGAUUGCUGAAACUCGCUACAACAUUCCUACCAGCGGAGUGCCAGCAGGGAAUCUUGUCCUUUUGGGCGGCGUGGACAAUUCUAUUGUCAAAACAGCCACGCUUGUGCCCUUAUCACUUGCCGAUGAGGAGGACGCAUACAUUUUCAAACCCAUUCGGAACCUUACCGAGUCCAUCUUCAAAGUUGCUGUUGAGCCGGUUAACCCGUCUGAACUACCGAAGAUGCUCGAUGGUCUCCGUAAAAUCAACAAAAGCUACCCUCUAAUCACAACCAAGGUAGAGGAGUCUGGGGAACACGUUGUCUUGGGCACUGGUGAACUUUAUAUGGAUUGCGUCCUUCACGAUCUUCGAAGAUUAUAUUCGGAGAUGGAAAUCAAGGUUUCGGAUCCUGUCACGCGCUUUUGCGAGACUGUCGCGGAAACGUCAGCCAUUAUGUGCUAUUCAAUCACCCCGAAUAAGAAAAACAAGAUCACGAUGAUCGCAGAGCCACUUGACGAUGGGAUUGCCGAGGACAUCGAGAGCGGCAAGGUCCGUAUCAAAGAUCCAAUUCGGAAAGUGGCCAGGUUCUUCGAAGAGAACUAUGACUGGGAUAAACUGGCAGCCAGAAGCAUCUGGGCCUUUGGACCUGACGAAAUGGGUCCCAACAUAUUACAAGAUGACACAUUACCAUCCCAAGUCGAUAAAAAGUUAAUUGGGAGUGUCAGAGACUCCAUUACACAAGGGUUCAACUGGGGAACGAGAGAAGGUCCUCUAUGUGAAGAGCCAAUCCGGAACACCAAAUUCAGGCUCACGGAUGUUUCACUAGCCGACCAAGCUAUCUACAGAGGCGGGGGCCAAAUCAUUCCUACGGCUCGUCGCGCCGUAUACUCUUCAUUCCUCAUGGCAUCACCACGCUUGAUGGAGCCCAUCUACUCUUGCGCGAUGACAGGGCCUGCAGAUGCUGUGGCAUCGAUGUAUACAGUCCUUUCGCGUAGAAGAGGACACGUCCUUUCCGACGGGCCAAUUGCGGGCACACCACUCUAUUCAGUCCGCGGACUGAUUCCCGUUAUAGACUCCUUUGGUUUCGAGACAGAUCUUCGAAUCCAUACACAGGGCCAAGCUUCCAUAAGUCUUGUGUUCGAUAAGUGGAGCGUGGUGCCGGGUGAUCCACUAGAUCGAGAAGUCAAGACCAAGCCCUUGGAGAUGGCAUCUGCAAUGGCCACUGCUCGAGAUUUCGUGCUGAAGACAAGGAGACGAAAGGGGCUUGCGGAGGAUGUCACCGUGAGCAAGUUCCUGGAGCCAGAUCUUUGGAAAGGUCUGAAGGAAAGUGGCGUUCUAGACUCGUGA